UAGCCAGCACAGGGCGGAGAAAGGGAAGGUGCCAUCCCGUCUGGUGGGGAGCUGGUGCUAGUAGUGAGACACACGAAGCAAGGUAUCGACAGGCAGGCAACGGUAAUAGGAGGAGCGGGAUGUUCUAACGAUCACAAUAACAACAGACGACAAAGACUCAAAGAAAACCAAACAAGACAUGUGAAUAUCCCUAUCGUGACUACAUCAGUCAACACGCAGUAUCUUCACGAGAAACACGAACAAAAAACUGGAAUCAGAUGAAAACUUUGUCACCCUACACCCAUUGUCAUCGCACAGUCCAGGCACGGCAGUAAUCACCUGCACUAAGUGACUCAAAGAAGAAGGAACUAGUUUUGACUGGAGUUGGUCUCUCAAAGAAAGGACAGCAAUCCUCAGAGACUGCUCAGAUCAGGAGGGGCAAUUGCCGUGCCAACGGUUUGAAGGAUGAAAACGAUUGCAAGGCCAGUGUCCAGACUUCUCUGUCUUCACCAUCGUUGUGCUAAAGCUGAGUUUUCGGUUUUCCAGAGAAACAGGAUCACCUGGUUGUGACAACCAAUGAUUGGGAGCCACAAGGACCCGUUUGUGAUACUUCUGAAUUGCUGCCGACAGACUCUGAAACAAAAAGAUUGUUUCCUUACUUUUUCUACUCAAAGCUUUUCUUGAAUGUUGUUUGACACGUUUUCUAAACUGGGGACAGGUUUGUCUGCUAACCCUAGCAUCAAUUGAAAUCGAAAGCUAUUUGUUUCAGUGCCGCCGACGAUGAUCUAAGAGACGUGUUUCCAAAAACAUUUCGCUCCAUUCUCUGACAAACGCCAAGCAAACCGCACUAAAAGGUCCUAAUAUUUGCCAUCUGGUGGAAAGAAAAACCAGCUCAUGCCGAGACAUUACCAGAGAAUUUGUUCACAGCCACUUUCAGGAAUUCAAGAUCUCUUCUUUCACAGGGCACAUCAAAGGCUGUGAUAACUGGAUAACAUCACCAUAAAUAUUAAUACACAAAAACCUGGCCGCCAAGAUUCAUUCCUUCAAACGUGAGAAGCAAGGCAAACAAACUGACGACCAGGCUUCCAAAGGGACAAAACUUUCCACAGGCUGAGAAAGAAGGAAGACUGCGGCUUUUUUCCCAUGAUUCAUCAACGCAAACUCUUCAAACAUGGACACUGAGUUCGCAUGAUGCCAAAUUUCUUCUCGGCCGACUUUAAGGAAAUAACUCAUAAAUAAAAAUCAUCUUGGAGAGAGGGUUUGAUUAAAGAUCUCACAACAGAAAGACAAGACAUCGAGAGAAAUGAAAACGAUUCCAGCUGUGGUAAUUUCUUCUUUCAUCGACUUCGUCUGGAAGAGGCUUAAUUUUCUCCAAGUAAAUAAUCACAUCAGGAUCGCUGAACGACAGGGUGGAUGCAAAAAAAGUCGACAGGCUAACACCUUGCUUCUCUAAUGAAAAAAAAGUAGAUAGCAGGCAAACAUCUGACUGAAAAUAAAACUGGAGGGAAAAUCUUCCAGAGAAUGAUCAAAAUUGAAUAAACUUUUUUUCGGGGGUGUUGUCGAUGGUGAGUUCAUAACAACAACAUCUAAUUUGCUGUCGAGGCUGCUGGGAUGUGAGGUCGCAACCAGGACAUUGAUUCUUUCAAGGACUUGUGAAACUGGAUACUCCAGCAUAUACAGAAAAGGAUUCAUGGUAGAAAUCACAGCGAGAAAAAUGAAAUCUGUCGAUUACUGGAAACUAACCUACCUAUGUCUGCCAUGAUGCUAUGACUGCCGAAGGAGACCGUUGACAAAAGUCCACACAUUUCACGAUGUCGGCCAGCGCUUCCUCCACCACCAACGCGACAGGGAACGAGGCGAACUUGUCCUUCGACGCCGAGCACAUCGUUCUGUACGUCGUGCUCAGCUGCUACAGUGUCGUGGGCAUCUCCGGCAACGCCAUUGCAUUCUACAUCUUCUUUCGGCGCCGGAACUGUUGCACCUCCGACAUCUUCAUCCUGGCUCUAGCCGGAACUGACUUCAUCGUCUGCCUCGUCACAAUACCCUUCACCAUAGUCUUCGAGCUCCUGCACUACCGACUGUACUACGACAGUCUGUGCAAGUUAUACAUGUUUUUUAACACCUCCACCAUCCCUUACUCCUCCCUCAUCAUGGCCGCCAUUGCGUUCGACCGCUACUUCUGUAUCUGCCAUCCCUUCCUUCACAUCAUCUCUGUGGAGCGGGCCAGGAUCAUUGUACUGUGCCUGGCAGUACCAUCCUUGUGCUUCGGCGUGAUCACAGGCAUGUCGUAUGGCCUGUACAACAAGGAGGACUUUCUGUUGACCAACGGCUCCGUCUUGCUGGGCACGAACAAGACGUGGAUGAGCAUCCCAAACGAGGAGAUGGAGCUGCAAUUUUUGGAUGUAAACGAAAAGAAAGACGGCAUCAUGGCGCUGUCGGAGAUCUCUUUCAAAAACGACAGUCAAACCUACGAACUGCACAUCUACAGGAAGUUUCGCCUCAAUUCGGAAUGUUUCUUGAACAACGUGCAUUUCACCGACGACUUUAUGACGUGGUAUUUACGUGUGUACACCUCUCUUUACAUUCUAUGCUUCAUUGCAGUCGUCGUGCUAUACAUUUUGAUUUACAGAUCCAUCUUUAGGAGGCGUGCAAAGAAGGCGAAGCGGAAGAAGAAGAAUAACUACGUCAGUCUUGCAGUCACCGACACCACCGCGCCCCAGCACAACCUGGCAGCAGCAGUCGAGGUGGAGACUGCAUUAACGGAACUCAACAGCAACGGUACAGUUGUCACAAAAACCACUACCAGCUCCGCCGCUAAAAAUGGAGUCAAGAGUAAUGGCAGCCACAAUGCCAAGGAUACGAGCGCGACAGUCUGCCGUAUCCCCAAGAAGCGCUCCAGCACCAUUCGAGACCGAAAUUUGUACGCGAACAUCAGAACGGCCAUGAUGCUCUUCGUCGUAACCGUCGUCUUUAUCAUCGCCUUUACUCCAUCCCUGUUAAUAGCCAACAUGCUCAUCCCAUUACAGCUGAUUGUCUUCUACAUUUACUUUACCUACAAUGUGGCCAACCCCUUCAUCUACGCUUUCAUGAAUCAGACAUUUCGAGAAGAUCUGAAGAAGUUCAUGAAAAAGUGCUUCAGGUAAGCUGGUGGCGCUUUC